CUCAACUAAAUUAUAUGAUCCUCACAUAGCCUCCCUCAAUUAUCCACUCCAUAUCUCUCACACACAACAAUAUCACCACACCAUCAAUGGCCGCCGCCGCCUCCUCCUCCGCUGUCUUCGCCGCCCCGACCUUCUCGGCUACCGCCACGAGGCAGCAGCCCAACCCCACCACCAUAUCGUUCCAAGGCCUCCGUGCGCUCCCCAGCGUGAAAUCCAGCCGGUCGGUUGUCGCCACAAAGAGCCGGAGAUCGAUGACGGUGAAGGCGGAACUCAAUCCAUCUCUAGUGAUAAGCCUAAGCACAGGGCUGUCCUUGUUCUUAGGGAGGUUUGUGUUCUUCAAUUUCCAAAGGGAGAAUGUGGGCAAGCAAGUGCCAGAGCAAAAUGGGCUAACUCAUUUUGAGGCUGGUGAUGUUAGGGCUAAAGAAUAUGUUAGCCUCUUGAAAUCUAAUGAUCCUGUUGGGUUUAAUAUUGUUGAUGUUCUUGCUUGGGGUUCAAUUGGUCAUAUUGUUGCUUAUUAUAUCUUGGCUACUUCUAGCAAUGGAUAUGAUCCUAAGUUCUUCUAGCUGUUGUUAUUACUGUGGCUUUGUAUAGCUAAAUCCACCAUUUAUUGCUUUUGAAAAACUUUGCUUUUGUAUCUUUCUCUAAUGGGGUUUUUGUGGAAUGAUAUUGGGAAAAUGGGAAGAUGGGGUUUGUGAGUUAUGUUGUCUACUGAUUAUUAUUGCAAAUGUAACUUUGUUGUUUUGGAUGAUGAACUCACAAUAUGAGUGUAGAAUUGUUACAUUUUUAUGGAUGUAUUAAUUAAUUACAUGAUUUUGUGAA